UUUCGGUCCCCACCAGCCGUAGCACCUCCCGUGGCAACUGGGAAUGCUCUAGAGGGACGCGCCAGCCCGGUUCGCUGUCCUCAUCAGUAGCGAAGGAGCAGGAGCAAUGACACCUCACGAUCUCUGGGAGCGGUAGCAGCUCCCGUGGCUCAUCUCAUCCAGCUGCACCUCCCGGCGUGCCCCGGCCCCGCUGGCCGCGGAAGAGAGCAGCAUGCCGGGAGCCGUAGUCUGCCCUCGCCUCUCGCCCACGGCCCGGCGCCGGUCGCGGCUGCAAGCCUCGGCAGUCUCCGUCCGCCUCCCCCUCCCGUCCUCGGAUGGAGGUCUCCGAGGAGCUGGAGAGCAGCCUCCUGACCCAGCCCUGGGCUUCUGUUCACUUUGGCGAGUCUGCUUUUCUUGCCAAAGUGUGCUUCAGGAAUACUGGUUAUAUCCUGCUGAUCUCUGACCUCAGCAGUGUCUGGUACGAGAGUGCAGACACUGAGGCUGUGGGACAAAGGUCCAAGGAGCUGAACAAGCGGCUGACAGUCCAUGUAUCCUCCUUCCUGAACCACUUGCGCAACCUGAUGUGCCCCUUGCUGGCAGGGCAGCCAGACUCUGCCACCACCUUCUCCUGCAACCGCUCUGCCAGUGGCCUCAUCCUGCAUGUCAAGAGCGAGCUGUCAGGAUUGCCCUUCUACUGGGACUUCCACUGCUGCCCUGCUCCCUUGGAGAUGGUGUCCCGUCACCUUGUGCGGCCCUUGAUUCGGAUGAACCUGGCGCUGCAGUACCAGGUGCAGGAGCUGAUCUCCCUGCUGCUCCAGAAGGAUGCUGAGAUCGAAGAUUACAGGGAGAGCGGGGCUGCUCUCAGCAGAGACCGACUGCGGACAGAGCCCUUCCAGGAGGAGACAUUUCAGCAGAACUUCAUGGCUGAGAGAACGACGCAGACCUUGUGUCCACUGCAGAAAUCACAGGGGACCCCCAUUCACCUCCUCCAUUCCAGGAGGAUGAAACAACAUCUUACAGUGAGAGAACCACGCCAGCCUCCUCCCCAGCUCAGAAGCCUCGGCUGCCUGCAGCCAAGGCCAAGACAAAGAAGGCAAAGGGGCUCUUCAGCUGAAAGGUUGCUGCCAUCCCUCCCCGAUGGUCUCUGCUCCCCCCAGCAUCUGAGAAAGAGAGUGCAGGGCACCCAUGCAUCCUCUACCUCUUUUCCUGUAUCUCCUGGUGAACCCUGGGUGAGGUCAUGAUCCCCUCCUGAGAUGUCUCCAGCUGAGGAGAUGGAGCUCCUUUCUUCAACAGUGCCUCAGGAAACAGCUUUUCUUUUCUGGUGCAGAGCUUGCCCAAGCUUCUUCUCAUGGCAAAGCCAGUGCUGGACCUGGGGAAAGCAGGAGGGAUGCUGCCAAUGGGUGUGGAACAGCCAGGGCUCUGGCAGAGCUGUAGGAUUUGACUGUUCUUAUGUGGGUUUUCAAUAAAGGGCUGUGUCUGG